GACCGUCGAGGACCUUCGCGACAUGGUUGUGGAUCCGUCCUUAUUCAAAAGCCAUUUGAGUAAGGAACUGGCCCACAGGAUACCGAGCUUAGCUUCCGUUGAAGUCGUCUCCGCAUGGGCCUCAGUCUGUGAUUACAACACCGUGGAUCAAAAUCUCAUCAUUGGUCAUCAUCCGUACUACGUUAACAUGUAUUUUUGCAACGGGUCCAGUGGCCACGGCGCACAGCAUGCAAUCGCCAUUGGCAGAGCGAUCUCAGAACUCCUCGUAUAUGGUCACUACAAAACCAUCGAUUUGACCCGAUUCUCCUUCGACCGUUUCUAUACAAAGCAGCACAUUAGUGAAUCAUACACAUUCUGACCUUGACCUCUACGGCGAGCCACUGUGAAAGCUCUGCUGCACAAACGGACCGAUGUCCUCUCACUUCUUUCGCAUUUAUCAGAGUAGCAGUUCACCCUUCACUGCACUCCUGCUGUUUUGCGGGCUAACAAAUGUUUUGAAAAUGUAUUUGGCUGAGAUAAAAGCGCCCUGUUUUCACACACGCAUCACUUUUUAUCACCUAAAUGCUCGCUUUGAUUACACUGCAUUUUGAGUGUCAACUAAGAAGUUUUAACCAGCACGUGCUCUGUAGAGAUCCGACCAGGUCGAUUUUCCCUUUGUGCGUAUAUCAAUCGCGAAUCUCUUGGUAGCUUAAAACCUUGUUUACCUGCAUCUCUCUUCAAAUCCAUUCGAUGCAACCGCGUCCUUAUAUUUGCACCGAACCAGAAAG